AUGUCCUAAUAGCAAUAAGCAGUUUAUCCUCAAAGCUACAAUACCUAAUUUUAACAAUAAAACCCCAAAUUCCAAGUGAUAUAAACUCCUAUAGUAUAAAGCAACAAAUACAAAACAAACCUCUGUCGUCAUUUUAAAAAUGGAAAUUGCUAAUUAGGAUCUGCCUGUCAUUUUGCGCAUGGUUAAGAAGAGUUAAGAAACACAAACAAUCCAACUCCUAUAAAUGUUCCUACUUCUUAACCUAAGGUAUUAUGUAAUAACUAUAAAACAGUCAAAUGCCAAUAUUUCCAAAGGGGAUUUUGUAAAAAUUAACAAGCAUGCUCUUUUCCUCAUGGAGAUGAAGAAAUGAUGUCAGGUAUAAGUUCUUUCCCUACAAGCGUACAAAGCACACCAAGCUAAGGAAUGUUAAAUUCUCAAGACUCUCUUUUAUAUAUUUCUAUAAUCUCUAAUCUUGAAUAGGUUUUCAGAAAUAAUUCAAGUGUUUUACAAAAAUUAUAAAUCGCUUAAUAAUUUGCUAGAAUGGGAGAUUAGAAUAAUGCUUUUCAAAUUAUUAAUGAAAUUAUGAAAGAUACAAGUAGAAGUGAAGAAGAAAAAUAAUAAUAUCGAAUUAUUGUUACUAAUGCUUAAAUAUAUUAUUAAAAUAUGUAUAGUUAAUAAUAAAUGUUUCAAUAAUAAUAUAACAACAUGAACUAAAAUUAAGCUUAUUAUAUGGGAGCUUAAUAAUGA